CUUGUUCUCUCCGGGGCCGCUCAGACCUGCAGCGGAGCCGCGGCUCCCGCUCCGAUCGGCUUGGGGCUGCGCCCCCGGGACCCAGCGACUGGGGCGGGUGGGGACGCUCACCGCGGGGCUGCGCUCCUCGGCACUGCCAGGUGUGGAUCCAUGGGGUAGACCCAAUGCAUCGGCCCCCCUGCCCAGCCAGCUCAUGUCUCAGCACCCAGGGGCAGUGAACUCCCUGGCUGGAGCCCAAACAUGUGGGGCCUGGUGAGGCUCCUGCUGGCCUGGCUGGGUGGCUGGGGCUGCAUGGUGUGCCUAGUAGCCCCAGCCCGGGCCUGGGCAGGGUCCCGAGGGGGCCCAGGACCAGCACUGCUGCGGAAUCGAAGGAGCUGGGUCUGGAACCAGUUCUUUGUCAUUGAAGAAUAUGCCGGUCCAGAGCCUGUCCUUAUUGGUAAGCUUCACUCAGAUGUGGAUAGGGGCGAGGGCCGCACCAAGUACCUGCUGACCGGGGAGGGGGCAGGCACCGUAUUUGUGAUCGAUGAGGCCACAGGCAAUAUCCAUGUCACCAAGAGCCUUGACCGGGAGGAGAAGGCACAGUAUGUGCUACUGGCCCAAGCUGUGGACCGAGCCUCCAACCGGCCUCUCGAGCCCCCAUCAGAGUUCAUCAUCAAGGUGCAGGACAUCAACGACAAUCCACCCAUCUUUCCCCUCGGGCCCUACCAUGCCACAGUGCCGGAAAUGUCCAAUGUUGGGACAUCAGUGAUCCAGGUGACUGCUCACGAUGCUGAUGACCCCAGCUAUGGGAACAGUGCCAAGCUGGUGUACACUGUGCUGGAUGGACUGCCAUUCUUCUCCGUGGAUCCCCAGACUGGAGUGGUGCGCACCGCCAUCCCCAACAUGGACCGGGAGACACAGGAGGAGUUCUUGGUGGUGAUUCAGGCCAAGGACAUGGGCGGCCACAUGGGGGGGCUGUCGGGCAGCACUACAGUGACGGUCACCCUCAGCGAUGUCAAUGACAACCCCCCCAAGUUCCCUCAGAGCCUGUACCAGUUCUCCGUGGUAGAGACGGCUGAGCCGGGCACCCUGGUUGGCCGGCUGAGGGCCCAGGACCCAGACCUGGGAGACAAUGCCCUCAUGGCGUACAGCAUCCUGGAUGGGGAGGGGUCCGAGACCUUCAGCAUCGGCACAGACUCCCAGGGUCGAGAUGGGCUACUCACAGUCCGCAAGAUCUACUUGGAGCUGGCAGUAGACCUAGAGUUACCGACCCCGACCCCCAAGGCCACUGCCUCUCUGGUGCCUGCCUUUCCUCUCUGGAGGGCUAAGCACUGGCCCCUAGACUUCGAGGGCUGUCGCUCCUACUCCUUCCGAGUGGAGGCCACCAACACGCUGAUCGACCCAGCCUACCUGCGGCGAGGGCCUUUCAAAGAUGUGGCCUCCGUGCGUGUGGCUGUGCAGGAUGCCCCAGAGCCACCUGCCUUCACACAGACUACCUACCACCUGGCAGUUCCUGAGAACAAGGCUCCCGGGACCCUGGUGGGCCGGGUCUCAGCUGCUGACCUGGAUUCCCCGGCCAGCCCCAUCAGAUACUCCAUCCUCCCCCCCACGGAUCCAGAGCGCUGCUUCUCUAUCGAGCCUGAAGACGGCACCAUCCGCACAGCAGUGCCCCUGGACCGCGAGGCUCGUGUCUGGCACAACCUCACAGUGCUGGCCACAGAGCUUGACAGCUCCGCACAGGCCUCCCAUGUGCAAGUGGCCAUCCAGACCUUGGAUGAGAAUGACAAUGCUCCCCAGCUGGCAGAGCCCUACGAUACCUUUGUGUGUGAUUCUGCAGCCCCUGGCCAGCUAAUUCAGGUCAUCUGGGCCCUGGACAGAGAUGAAGUCGGCAAUAGUAGUCGCAUCUCCCUUCAGGGUCCUCUGGGCCCCGAUGCCAACUUCACUGUCCAGGACAACCGAGAUGGCUCGGCAAACCUGCUGCUGCCUUCUCGCCCUGCUCCAGCCCGCCAGGCCCCCUACCUGGUCCCUGUUGAGCUGUGGGACUGGGGGCAGCCGCCCCUGAGCAGCACUGCCACGGUGACUAUCAGCAUGUGCCGCUGCCGGCCUGACGGCUCCGUGGCAUCCUGCCAGCCCGAGGCUCAGCUCUCACCCACUGGACUCAGCACCGGGGCCCUGCUUGCCAUCGUCACCUGUGUGGGCACCCUGCUUGCCCUAGUGGUGCUUUUCGUGGCCCUGCGGCGGCAAAAGCAGGAAGCACUGAUGGUGCUGGAGGAGGAAGACGUCCGUGAGAACAUUAUCACCUACGAUGAUGAGGGAGGCGGGGAAGAGGACACGGAGGCUUUCGACAUAAGUGCCCUGCAGAACCCCGACGGGGCCGCCCCGCCGGCCCCAGGUCCACCUGCACGCCUCGAUGUGCUGCCCCGGGCCAGGGCAUCUCGCCAGCCCAGGCCACCUGGUCCUGCCGACGUGGCCCAGCUCCUAGCACUGCGGCUCCAUGAGGCGGAUGAUGACCCCAGUGUGCCACCCUACGACUCCGUGCAGGUGUACGGCUACGAGGGCCGGGGCUCCUCCUGCGGCUCCCUCAGCUCCCUGGGCUCCUGCAGCGAGGCCGGCGUCGGCCCUGGCCCCGCGGAACCACUGGACGACUGGGGGCCACUCUUCCAUACCCUGGCCGAGCUCUAUGGGGCCAAGGAGCCCCCAGCCCCCUGAGAGCCGGCCCUGGCCCUGCCCGCCACGUUGGGGCAGCCGAUGCAGGCCCUCUGAGUGACCUGGCCAGGGAUUCAAGCAGGCGGCAGCAGCCCGGGGGCCACCAGGCCUCCUCCUGUCCCUACAUCCUUCCUGCCAACUUAUGCUGGGCAACCUCCCCCUUACCUUCUUUCUCCUGAGUUGUCUGUGUGUGUCUCUCCAGGCAUCUCUGUCUCUAAUACUCUCCCUGUCUGGGUCUGGGUUAUAUGGCUCCGACUCAGAAUCUCUGUUCUCUCACUGUGAUUCCACUUUCUCGUGGCUCUGUUUUUGUCUCCCUGAUUCUAAAUUUCUCACAGAGGCCUUCUGUCUCCCUUGCCCACACACAUGCUCUGUGUCUGUCUCCUGCCCCCAUCUGCCUGCAUUUUCUCUGGGUCCCUGUGAUGAGCUUUUUGUUUUUUUCUGUUGCCCAUCCCAAAAGCAAGAGAAACUGCCAGCCACUGCUGCCCACCCUCCUGCAGGGGAUGUUCUGCCCCAGACCUGCCCGCAUGGUUCCAUCCAUCACUCAUGGCCUCAUCCUGGCUCCACUGCCUCUGGCAGAGAUGGGGAGCCAUCCCACCUCCCAGGGUGAGAGCUCCAGCCCCCAGGGCUGCCUCCCUGGAGCUCUGUCCAGCUGUCAGCCUGCUCUCGGCUUUGACUUGUGUGCUCCCCAGGCCCCGGGGGUGGGGGGAGGAGGGGGAAGAAGCUGCCCAAGGGGAA